AUGGCACCUAAGCACGCCUCCGAUGGAGCAAACAAUCCACCUAGGAAACGGCGAGAAUGCGUUCAAAAGCUCGAAUAUGGGCCGCUCCACGACGCUAGGAACGAGAUUCGACUCUUGCAGAUACUCCAUAUCGGCGAUGGCGACACCGAUCGUUUGCAAUUCGCGAUGUCUGUGCAACGAUUAGACCAGGCCCCCGUCUUCAACGCUGUAUCCUACACAUGGGGUACCGAAUCAGACCCGCGGUCAAUAACCAUUGGUGGCAACGAACAGGUUGUGAGGCUAAAUUGCUUCCACGCACUGUACCAAAUAUGCCGAAUAUGGGAACAAGGGCGACUUCAAAGCCCUUUCAUCUGGAUCGAUUCGAUCUGCAUCAAUCAAGACGACGCGCAAGAGAAGGGCUUGCAAGUAGCCAAUAUGGCUGAUCUAUACAACAAGGCAAAUCACGUACUGGCAUACGUCGGCCUACAUUCUGAAGACAGUCGGUUCUUAAUACAAAAAGUGCAUGAGGUGGCCAAUUUUGCUUUCGACUGCAAUCACGCCGAUUUCCUCUGUUCAAGUUGCCGGCAACCCUGGGAGGAAUGGGUGUUGGAGCUCGGUGCCGAGAACUUGAACAAGCUUAACAUUGCUUGUUCGAACUUUGGCGAGAGGGAGUACUGGAAACGGAUAUGGAUUAUUCAAGAAGUCGCACGAGCUAAGAGUAUUUCGAUCUUGUGUGGUAGUGACAUGUUCUCCUGGGAGCCGCUUCGCAACUUGGAGGAGUUCCUUGCCCUGGAGCUGGACGAAUUCACGAGCGUUUUCGACAAGUAUGGCCAAUACAUCGAAUGUGGCAUCAAUUCGAUGCAUGACGUCUUUGCCGCCAAGACGGAGUCUUUCGACGUCGGCGGCAUUUUGUCAAGGUACGCCGCCUCGAAGUGCAAGGAUCCGCGAGACCGCGUUUAUGGCCUGUUGAGUCUGAUAAAUUGGGCUGACGGGAGUGAGGCCAUAGAGCCCAGUUACACAACAUCAGCAUAUGAACUAGCUAAAAAGAUCGAACCUUCCAUUGCUCUUGGACAAUUACGGAAAGUGCUCGCUUCGCUGAAGUUGAAUAUCGAGGAUCAGGCAGUGAAGGAUGCCAUUCGGCCCCGGUUUGGCUCUACAACCGCACUCAACGGUAGCACUGCUUGCGGCUUGAAUCGUCACUAUAAAUCACUCUGCCAAGAAGAGCUCGAUGACAAGUUGAUGUGCAGCAGGAUUGUCCUUGAUGAGAAGGACAAUUUCAACGCCGGCUUGAGGAAACUACCGCUAGACGGAUCAAAUCCACGCCGCAGCUCCGGGGAGUCGUCACCACUUUCCAACGAAGUCAAUGACGACGUAGAAUCAAGUAUAGAAGAUGGGAUAUGGCGGAGACUUUCAUCGUUGCUACUCAGGUUUUCUGACUGCCCACCGGAAAAGCUGAUACUUGGUUCUAACGUCGCGGGUCUGACCUGCAACGGCACGGCUGUAGGAGACAUCCUUGUGCGACUUCCAAUAGAAGCCCAGGAAGUGUUUUUGGUCUUGAGGCAGCGACGCGGGGAGAUUUUUGACGUCGUCGGCCAAGCCAUACUUUUCCCAGGCUACACGUUGGGAUGCUCAGCUGAGCCGGACGACAGGUCAGAUGCCGCACAACUCUUCGAUGCACAGGUCGAGCUUUGUCUCUCUACAGAAGACGCAGUUCUGCUUUUCGUUCAGGACAUGGGUGUGCCUGAGGGCGUAGGAAUCGAAGAGGUACCCAUCGAUGACGAGGGUCCUAUCGAUGAGGAGCAUUGGUUGCGACGUCUGUUCACAUUUGUUACCACGAAUCCUGCCGAAGCUGCAAGAGUCACUGCUCAGUCCUCGAUUUCGGCAGGCGAGGCAGCGAGCCGAUCGAACGGCGAGAACAUUGCACAAGGGACGCCGCCGGAGGGGUUUUGGCCGACUGGACCGCAGCAGAACAACCACGGCUGGUAUGUCGGGCAAACGUCAAUCGACAGUCUUCACGACGACAACCGUCACCAGACAUUUUGGUGGCUCGCUCCAAAGCCAGACGAGGACGAUCAAUCGUCAUAG